UUCAAACACCAAAUUGAGAAACAAAGAUUCAUAGAAUUUUUUUUAAAACACAUAACUGCCUUCGGUAGUAAAUGAAUUAAAGCUUAACCAUAAAUUCCCGUGAAAGCUUUAGCUCAAGCUCUUCAGCACUACCAAGGAUCCUCGUGAUGUAGAGCUCUUAAAUUUCACGAGUUUUGUAUUUCAACUCAGAGCACUCUCUCUCAGCUCAGAGAGAAAAUGCCUCCCAAACCCCAAACCCUGUUCUCAAUUGAUCUCAUCUCCCCAACUCCUUCAAAUACCCUAGACUUCUUCCUCCAAAUCAUGAACAUUUGCAGCCUAAGCGCCAUUGUUGUCAUCUUAACUUUCUACCAUGGAUUUCAAAAAGCAUCUUUUCGUUUCCAUUCUAUUCCUUUGCUCGGUUUGCCUUCAUGCAAACACUCUCCAGACUUACAUUGUUCAGCUCCACCCACAAGGUGUGACCAGCUCUUCUUUUGCUACUAAGCCUAGUUGGCAUCUCUCAUUUCUUCAACAAACCGUGUCCUCUGAAGAAGACGCUUCUUCUCGGCUUCUCUACUCUUACCAUUCUGCCAUGGAAGGCUUUGCUGCUCAGCUGUCUGAAUCUGAGCUUGAGUCCUUGCAAAUGCUGCCUGAUGUCAUUGCAAUUAGGCCUGACCACCGCCUCCAAAUCCACACAACUUAUUCAUACAAGUUCUUGGGGCUUAACACUGCUUCAAGUGAUGGUGCUUGGCACAAGUCUGCAUUUGGUCGAGGCACGAUCAUUGGGGUGCUUGAUACAGGAGUUUGGCCCGAGCAUCCAAGCUUCGACGAUCGUGGGAUGCCACCAGUUCCCAGAAAGUGGAGAGGGAUUUGCCAAGAAGGGCAAAACUUCAAUUCUUCGAAUUGUAACAAGAAACUCAUUGGUGCCAGGUUCUUCACUGAAGGUCAUCGCGUAGCUUCAGUGUCAUCAUACUCACAAGAUGUUGGUCAUGAGUAUGUGUCGCCGCGUGAUUCCCAUGGGCAUGGAACUCAUACAUCAUCAACAGCUGGGGGUGCUUCUGUCGGAAUGGCAAGUGUUUUUGGCAAUGCAGCUGGUGUGGCUCGAGGAAUGGCUCCCGGAGCACAUGUAGCAGUGUACAAAGUCUGCUGGCUUAAUGGAUGUUAUAGCUCUGAUAUCCUUGCUGCAAUGGAUGUUGCAAUUAGAGAUGGAGUUGACAUUCUCUCCCUCUCUCUAGGUGGCUUCCCCGUUCCACUUUUCGAUGACAGCAUUGCAAUUGGCAGUUUUCGUGCAGUGGAGCAUGGAAUUUCAGUUGUAUGUGCAGCAGGCAACAAUGGUCCAAUUCCAAGCUCAGUUGCCAAUGAAGCUCCUUGGAUUGCUACCAUUGGUGCCAGCACACUAGACCGAAGAUUUCCAGGCAUAGUUCAAAUGGGGAAUGGAAAAUACCUCUAUGGAGAAUCCAUGUACCCAGGAAACCAUCUUAUGAGAGCUGGGAAAGCGCUUGAACUGGUUUAUGUGACCGGUGAGAAUAGUGGAAGUGAAUAUUGCUUCAGAGGGUCUCUCCCAAGAGCAAUAGUCCGCGGCAAAAUAGUGGUUUGUGACCGAGGUGUCAAUGGAAGGGCGGAGAAAGGUGAAGUGGUGAAGGAAGCUGGAGGAGCUGCAAUGAUUUUGGCAAAUACAGAGAUAAACCUAGAGGAGAACUCUGUUGAUGUCCACGUCUUGCCUGCAACUCUGAUUGGCUUCAAAGAGUCAGUUCACUUGAAGGCUUACAUAAACUCAACAAGGAGACCAACAGCUAGAAUUGUAUUUGGAGGUACAGUCAUACGAAAAUCCAGGGCACCAGCGGUAGCUCAGUUCUCAGCUAGAGGACCGAGUUAUUCUAACCCUUCAAUCCUCAAACCAGAUGUGAUUGCUCCAGGGGUCAACAUCAUUGCUGCUUGGCCUCAAAACUUAGGUCCCACUGGCCUUCCAGAAGAUUCUAGGAGAGUAAAUUUCACUAUCAUGUCGGGGACUUCAAUGGCCUGUCCUCAUGCCAGUGGAAUUGCUGCUCUUAUACGCUCAGCUCAUCCCAAAUGGAGCCCUGCGGCAAUUAAAUCUGCUGUUAUGACAACUGCUUCGGUAACUGAUCAUUCAGGAAAACCGAUAAUGGAUGGAGACAAACCAGCUGGAGUUUUUGCAAUUGGUGCUGGACAUGUAAACCCUGAAAGAGCCAUUGACCCGGGCUUGAUUUAUGACAUCAGGCCAGAGGAGUAUGUCACUCAUUUAUGCAGUCUUGGAUACACAAAAUCAGAAAUUCUAACUAUCACUCACAGGAACGUUAGCUGCCGUGAAAUCCUGCAGAUGAACAGGGGUUUCAACCUCAAUUACCCCUCCAUUUCAGUAACUUUCAAACAUGGUAUGAGAAGUAAAAUGAUCAAACGACGAGUAACAAACGUGGGAAGUCCUAAUUCCAUUUACUCGCUGGAACUAAUGGCGCCUAAGGAAGUUAAAGUGAAAGUUAAGCCUCAAAGGUUAAUAUUCACAGACAUCAAUCAGAGUUUGAGUUACAGGGUACGGUUUAUAUCAAGGAACAGAGCAGGAACAGCAAAAAUGAGCUUUGCACAAGGGCAGUUGACAUGGGUCAAUUCUAAGAAUAGCUUGAACAGGGUUAAAAGCCCGUUCUCGGUGACUUGGAAGUAACGGGGCUGAUUGCAAUCAUGGCACCAGAGUGGUCAUGGUAGUUCUACUCUAGAAAUCAAAAAAUCCAUUGUUAUUGUCUCAUUGGAUUCACAUUUAUGAAGAUUUAAGGUUGAAUAUUUAUCCUGGCUUUGUGUGGUAGAAAACUCGAGAGAUACAAGCUAUGCCCUUUUAUAAUCUGAUAAAGGCAGAGGCUAUUAUUGUA